AUGGCAACAACGACUACUGCAGUAACCCCCGGAAAGUAUUUGGAUUUGGACCAAACUCCUAUUCAAGGCCAAACUGGUUGGGCCUUGUUGGAUCUGAACGGCAAUGUCUUGGUCUUGUCGGGGAGUCUUCCCGAAGCCAAUUUGACGGUGUUGUAUCAAAUGUUGUUGGAAACCACAAGUCUUGUCAAUGAUAAAGACUUUCGCAAGUUGACCGUCUCCUUUCAGUCGCAACAAUAUUUGGUAUCCCGCGAUGAGAAUCAUAUCUACGUGGUGGAAACCACGAGCAUUGCGACGUAG